AUGCCUGCCGCUCUCGAUCCGACAUAUCCUUUACACCCCAUCGGCUGCCUUUUGGCCGCUCUCAUGCUCUUAUGCGUGAUGCUAACCAGCUUCAUCCGCCAAAAGUGGAACCGCGGCGUCGCCUUCUUAUGUUUCUGGCUAUUCUUCGAGAACCUCACGUUAGGGAUCGACGGAAUCAUAUGGGCGGACAACGCGGAUGUCAAGCUCUAUGUCUACUGUGACAUUGUUUCUCACGUGCAACUCAUUGCAUACGUAGUCAAGCCUAUGGCGAUCUUGAUCAUCACACGUCGGCUCUACUUGAUGACGAGGCUACAACCAGUGCGGCUCCCAGGAAGUAGCGCUGAGCGUUGGGAUCUCUUGUUUGAAUGGCUGUUGGGUGUGGUGAUUCCCAUCGUCGUCGCGGGUCCACUCUACUACAUCGUACAAGCGCUUCGGUUCAAGAUAACCGGGGGUUAUGGAUGCCAGGACGUCGUUGACAUCUCCGUACUCGGGAUACUACUCGUCCAUUCUUGGGCCCUCACCCCGUCCUUGAUAUCGAUCUGCUUCUAUUACCCGCGAGCUGUGCUAGCGCUCUACCGUCACGGUCGUGACAGAAAUCGAUUCCUCCAGAACAGCGACUCGACCUCCCGCAUCAACUACAUCCGCAUCCUCAUCCUCGCCAGCCUCGAUAUCCUCCUCACCUUCCCCAUAGGCAUCACGACAAUCGUAUUCACCAUCGGUAACUAUCUCUCGCUUGGCCCAUUACCAUUCUACUCGGGCUGGACGUACGUGCAUAUGGAGUGGGAGCCCGAAGGCAACAUCUUACCGCCAACUGCGACGGGGCCCUUUGGGGUACUUGACGCUGUACCGUAUUACUUCAAUCAGUGGACAUCGCCUGUGUUGGCGUAUGUCAUAUUCGCACUGUUUGGUGUUACGUCGGAGGCUCGCGCGUCGUACUGGCAGCUUGUCGACGUCGUCGGCGGGCGCUUGGGUCUGUCUGCUUCGCUGUUCGGGAAGAUGGGGGAUCGCGCAGAGGAUAUGUCAUUCCAUGCGAAGACAGGAGAGCUACCAAGCUUUGUUGACGCAGACAUUCAUUUAGCAGAGCAAGGUGUACAGAGGGAAAGCGAGAGUGCGCAGGAUAGGCUUGAGGAUGGACGUGAAAGCUCGACCGUUCCCGAGUAA